AUGGGCUUCGCUUUGGAUGGCCUCUACUUUGCUCUCCAUCCCAAUCAGUGGGGCAUGCUAUUUCAAUGGAAACUACGACAAUUUUCUCUACAAAGCAGGCACGAAACGCAACAGUCUGUAACAGCCAAGGUCUGUUUUGAAUUCUUGGAUCAGACAAGCCGCAGCUUCAGCCCUGUUAUCAAAGAGCUCCAUCGGGAGCUGCUCAUGCCAGUGUGCGUGUUCUACCUGAUAUUGCGUGGCCUCGAUACGAUAGAAGACGAUACAUCGAUUCCUCUAGAUGUGAAACAAUCACUCCUUCGAAGCUUCAAGGAAAAUCUUGACCAUUAUGACUGA